AUGAUUCACACCCCAGCGCCUGCAAAUAUUCUGUGGUGUGAGCCCCACGCUUCGUCCCACAGCCCUGUCCUGGUCACUCCCCCUGCUGUUGGCGCGGCUCAGGCGUGGAGCACACGGAGGAGCACACGGAGGAGCACACGGCUGCAGCUGGCCCUCAUUGUCUCAAAUUGUGACAUUUCCACGGCUCCAGCGUCGUCUGUCGGGACGUCGGAAAGAAAGAAGAGCCUGGACGUGGACAUAUGUGAAGGAAAUCAGAGAGGGCAGAUCUAUCAUCACUUUCUGGAUGCAAUAGAGCCAAACAUUGGCAUUCACGACAGGGAAUGA